AUGUCUGCCGUUCAAACCAUCAUCAAGCCCGCUCAGCCGGAGAUCCAGUAUCAUCCGAACUUGGAGCAAUAUCAAGCGCGUACCCGUCUUCGCAAGGAGACAGAGUCGUUGCAGACUACCUUGCCAGCAGGAUUUCCUCAGAAACUGGUUUCGCCGCUCGUUUGGGAGGGCAAAGAGGUUGAGAAACGGAGUGACUGGAUUUAUCAACUGAGUGAUGCUCAACUGGAUGAGAUCGAUGCUGCCCUGAAAAGUUUCAAAGCCCUGAACAAGCCACUGGGGCACAUUAACGAGUUAACUUUCCCUCUUCCGAAUCUUCGUCCAAUCUUGAGGGAUCUCUCCAGAGAGAUCCAUAACGGCCGAGGAUUCGUCGUUAUCCGUGGCCUGUGCAUCGAUGACUAUUCUAAAGAGGACAAUAUCAUAAUCUAUACUGGAGUGUCCUCCCACAUCGGAAGUAUUCGUGGCCGCCAGCAGGACACACGACUGCAAAAUGGAACCUCUCCAAUGUUGUCCCAUAUCAAGGACCUCACCAACACUGUGGACAAAGGGCAGAUCGGUGCGCCUUCCAACACCGCUGACAAGCAGGUCUUCCAUACCGAUGCGGGGGAUAUUGUUUCACUUCUCUGCUUGAGUCCUGCCGCAGAAGCGGGCGAGAGCUAUCUGUCCAGCAGCUGGAAUGUGUACAACAUUCUUGCAAAGGAACGACCUGACUUGAUCCACACUCUGUCGCAGGAUUGGCCGGUUGACGGGUUCAACAACCCCGAGAAACCAUACACGCUUCGUCCUCUUCUGUAUCACCAACCAGCCACGGCGACGACUCCUGAGCGUGUCCUCAUUCAAUACGCCCGGAGAUAUUUUACGGGGUUCCUCUCCCAGCCUAGGUCUACCGACAUUCCUCCGAUAACGGAAGCGCAGGCUGAAGCACUGGAUGCUCUGCACUUUCUGGCAGAGAAACAUAGUGCUUCGCUAGGCUUUCAAAAAGGGGAUGUGCAAUAUAUCAACAAUCUGAGCAUUUUCCAUGCACGGAACGGAUUUAGGGAUGAGCCUGGGAAAGAACGAUAUCUUCUGCGACUCUGGCUUCGUGAUCCUGAGAAUGCUUGGGCUACUCCUGAACCGCUUCAACACCGCUGGGAUACAGUAUACAAAGAUGUUACGGAGGAAGAGCAAUCGUUUCCUCUGGAGCCUGCUCUGCGGAAGAAUUUAGGUUCGUAG